AUGAAUGCCAAAACCAAACGCAAUGAGUUUGCGAUCGUAAUGAAUGAAAAACCAAUCAAACAAUACGACCAAAAGUUUUACUCUGCGGUCAGACCGACACUAUUUCUGCUCCGAUUUCUGGGCGGACCGACCGGUCUCUGGAAGGUUGACCACGGCUUCUGGCGGACAAUCGUGUCCACUAUCACCGCCCUAUUGAUGCUUCUGGUGCUGAAUGUGUGUAUGUUAUACCAGUGCGUGCGUACCGUCCGGACAGUUAUGAUUCCCGGGCGUUCAUUCAACCAAAAUGUCGUUUACUUCUUUGAUAUGGCCAUCAAUUUCACGGGUGUUAUGGCUCUCGACAUACUGUGGGUCCGAAGGAAAGAGUUAAUAAGUUUAUUGAAUUUAAUAGAUUUGGAGCCAAAAGUGAACGACAACUUCGAUGACGACAACACACGAAAGAAUCGGCGAAAGAUUAGGUCAAAGACCACUAAAUUGCUUAUAUUCUUGUUAUUCUUCACGGCAUUAAUGGUCGCACCGCUGAACAUAAAUACUAAUGAUUACGAUUACUAUGAACUUCAAGUCUUGGUUGAUAAUCACAUAACAGUUUUAAUUAACAUAGCGAGCUGUUUGUCUACCUUAGCUUUUGGCGCUGUUUUGUCCUUAUAUUUGGUCCUUUCGUGGGUUCUUCGGCUAAAAGUGUGUCGAAUUGUCGCUCACCUCAAGAAUAAUCUCUUACCGGAGGCACAGAAGGGCCGAAACCCGAGACUAAAUGAGCCAAAACUAAUACAGACGUGGUUUACAUCGUAUGCCGUUAUAUUCAAGAAAUACAAUAUGAUAUUUAAACAAAUAGCGGGACUUAUAUUCGUGGUUUUGCUUUGGUCUGUGCUUUCAAUGUCCAAUCAGAUCAUCACUUUCUUUGUCGAGCAAAUAAAGUUCUUGGAUAACAUUUAUAUGUGGAUUCACGAAGUGAUGUGUGCCAUAGCGUUGAUACUCUUCCUAUUCGUGGUGUCCAGUGUUGAGUACAAGAUCGACAAACUUAUGAAACAACUCUUUCAUUUGGCACUUGUCGUCAAAUUCAACUAUUUUGAAACUAAAUAUCAGACGACAAACAAAUUGGCACAAAAUUUUAAACUAUUGGCCGAUACUAUAUACCAAAGUCACUUAAGUUUGUCCAUCUUUGGAUUGUUUCACAUAACUCGUGGUCUAAUUGUAACCACAUUUGGUUUUGCCGUUACGUAUACUGUAUUGAUGUACGAAUUGACCAAAGAUGACAACAUUGAGUCCAAUCCAUGCAAUGAUACCACUCUUUCAACACAACUUUAUAGCACUCCCAUAAUUGUCAUUAUUAAUAGUGAAUUGUAA